AUGGAUAAGUUAAAUAAGCUUGUAGAAAGACUUGAAAAUAUUGCUGAUCGUCUGGAAACAGCAACAAUUCGCGACAAAUCUGUCAAAUCUACAACAAAUAAGCUAAAUAGCUCUGCGCUUGUCAACUCUUCAAGCAUGACUUCUUUUGACAAUAUCACCAACAGCUCUCUUCAAAAUUUGUUGUCCCUUAGUCAGAAAAUCGGCGAAGAUGUCAAAUCUCAAUGUGAUUUACUCAUCGCAGCUUUCAAGGCUGAAUCAGAGUUCAUUACUCGGGCACAUAAUAUGGCCAAACCAGCUGAUUCACAGUUUCCAGUCGUUCUUAAACCAUGUUCUGAAGCUAUCCAAAAGGUUACCGAGUUUAAAGACUCAAAUCGCAAGAGCCCCAACUUUAACCACUUAGCUGCGAUAGCUGAGUCGGUCGGUGCUCUUGGAUGGGUUGCCUCGCUGGACUCACCCUCUACAUAUAUAAAUGAAAUGAUUGAAUCUGGUAAAUUUUACUCAAACAGAAUUCUGAAAGAGUACAAGAACAAAGAUUCGAAUCAUGUUGAAUGGGUAAAUGCCUUGAUGGAGGUGUGGAAUCAAUUGAAAUCCUUCGUUUCCGCUAAUUACCCUGCUGGUCUGACUUGGGGCAGUGGUGGAGGCAGUGCGGCUGCCAGCUCUGCUCCGCCGCCGCCGCCGCCACCACCACCACCACCGGCUCCCGCACCUUCUUCCGGCGUAAGUUAUGUCUCAGUUCAGUUCUUUCGAGCCACGGCGGCUAGCACGGAUGCUUUGUUUGCCGACAUUAACCGUGGCGACGCGGUUACCAAGGGUCUUCGCAAGGUUACCGACGACAUGAAAACCCAUAAAAACCCCGAACUCCGCUCCGCUGUUGCCCCAGCAACCUCAAAGCCGAAGGCCCCUGCGAUUCCCGCUCGACCUGAUCAGCGAAAACCGACGCAGCCGAAUCCAAAGCUGGAGUUUGCUGGCAAUAAGUGGUUUGUGGAAAACUACGUUGGCAAUCGCGAAAUCAUUAUUGAAGCCAAGGAGAAGAAGGAGACGGUGUAUAUCUUCAAAUGCGUCGACAGCGUCGUCCAGGUCAAGGGGAAGGUUAACUCCAUCGUUUUGGAUAGUUGUAAGAAGACGUCGCUUCUCUUCGACACAGUUAUUUCGUCUGUCGAUAUUGUUAACUGCGCAAGUGCUCAAGUCCAGGUAACGGGAUUCAUGCCAACCAUAAACAUUGACAAGACAGACGGCUGCCAGGUGUAUCUAAGCGAGGAGUCUAAGGGUGUCGACAUUAUCACUGCCAAAUCGUCCGAGAUGAACAUCCUUAUACCCAAAGACAACGGAGAAUUCGUUGAAUAUCCAAUCCCGGAGCAAUUUAAGACCAAAUUCGUUGUGGACCAUCUCGAGACGAAGACCAACGACCUGGCCUGA